AUGGGGAUCUCUCAUCAGACCAAAAAACCCUUAUCAGGAAGGCCUGGAAGCUGCAAAGCCACGACCCACACGCCUCGACGCGGUCACGUGACACAGGGCCGCUCCACGCCUGUGCGGACGGUGCAUAUUCGGCCGCUGCCCACUCGAAGCGCACCCUCAUGCAAACAGCACGCUCAGACCGCGCAGACACGCAAGGUGCACACACAUCUGACGCAGACGCGCAGGGCGAGCUCACAGUCUGCGCACUGCUGCCCGACGCAGCCGUAUGAGCAGUACACAGCACACAGCGAUCACUCAGGCUGCACCUUCUACUGCUAUUUCUGCUACUGCUGUUACUGCUGCUGCCUCACGUUGCUCUCUUUCUCUCUCCUCCUCCUCUUGUCUCCACCUUCCUACGCUCCUCCCUCGGCCUCCUUCUCCACUUUGUCCUCGAAUACCACCCUUCCUCCUUCCUCCUCCUCCUCUUCCUCCUCCUCCUCUCCCUCACGAUCAUCAACUUCCUGUUUGGAUGAACUUUCCUGUAUCUAUCCUGAUGUCAACCUGACUUCUUCUGACGUGUCUCUUUACUGCCCUGUGCCACCUUGUGUCAUCUCUGAUGAUUCUUUCCCUCUCCUCUACGUCUCAUCUCCUGACCUCACCACUUCUGACCCGCUCACUUCCUCUUGCCACGGCUCCUCUUCUUCAUCUGCUGUGUCCUCUUCUUCCUCUUCUGACUCCUUCUCCCCUCCCCAUCAUCCUGUCCUCUGCCGGCCGUGGCCUUCUUCGCGCUCUCUUUCCUCCCUGCUCCUCUGCCCUCCCAGCUUUGUUGAUCCAGUCUUAUCCUAUGCAUCCACUUUGGAGCACAUCCCCGCUGGGCCGGCCCGGCCUCGGACGCUGCUGCGCCAGCAGAGUCUCCAGCAGCCCCUCAUCCACCCACCAGGCCCUGGUCUCGGCCACCCCCCGACAACAUCCCAAAGUUUGGGACAAUUACACACUGCACCUGGACAGCCUGGGGGAGGCGGGGGUGCUGGGAAAGGAGAGGGAGGUGGCAGCAGUGGUGAGGGUGGGGGUGCAGGUUCACGAGGUGGUCCCCGGGGUGCACGGGGCAGCCCAGUUGGAGCAGGUGCCUCUCGCUAUAGGGGAGGUGGAACAGGAGGGCGCUCACGUGCCAGUCCUGGCAGCUGGGAUUACAUGAUGGACCAGAUCCGGAAUCGGGGCCUGGACGUCAAGUCCUUCCUUGAAGGGAAGAUGGUGGUCCUGGCUUUGGCCAUUGGUGUGGCCGAGCAAGAUGACUUUGCCAAUAUCCCUGACCUGCAGGAAACAGCGCAGGCAGCACCACCAUCCAAUCAGGAGCCCCCUCCUGAGAAGAGGGGCAACAAGCCAGCUAACAGCCCCAAAGGCCAACCCCCUGAUGCUGACGGCCACUCCUCCGUGACUGACCUGGCCAACUCUCUCACUGGAGACAUGGUGAUGCUGUCCCCAGGUUCAGAGGAUGAUGACGGUGAAGGGCCUAUCAGUGAGAAGCUGGGUCGGAUCCAGUUCAGCAUAGGCUACAGCUUUCAGAACACAACCCUCACCGUCAAAGUUCUCAGGGGCCAGGAACUCCCGGCAAAGGACUUCUCUGGUACCUCGGACCCCUUCGUCAAAAUCUACCUGCUGCCCGACAAGAAACACAAACUGGAGACCAAGGUCAAGAGGAAGAACCUCAAUCCCCACUGGAAUGAAACCUUCCUGUUUGAGGGCUUCCCUUACGAGAAGGUGAGGGAGCGCACACUUUACCUUCAGGUGUUGGACUUCGACCGUUUCAGCAGGAAUGACCCGAUUGGAGAGGUGUCAAUCCCCCUUAACAAGGUGGAACUGGGUCAGAUAAAAACCUUCUGGAAGGAGCUCAAGCCUUGCAGUGAUGGCAGUGGGAGACGAGGAGACCUGCUGGUGUCUCUCUGUUAUAAUCCCACUGCCAACAUCAUCACUGUGAACAUCAUCAAAGCGCGUCAUCUCAAAGCCAUGGAUAUCGGGGGCACCUCAGAUCCCUACGUGAAGGUGUGGCUGAUGCACAAGGACAAGCGUGUAGAGAAGAAGAAGACAGUGACGAUCAAGCGCUGUCUGAACCCCGUCUUCAAUGAGUCCUUCCCCUUUGACGUGCCCGCCCAUGUGCUGAGGGAGACCACCAUCAUCAUCACCGUCAUGGACAAAGACAGGCUCAGCCGCAACGACGUUAUCGGCAAGAUCUACCUAUCGUGGAAGAGCGGACCAGCGGAAGUGAAGCACUGGAAAGACAUGCUUGCUCGGCCGCGUACUAACGUCGCCCAGUGGCACGCUCUCAAGGCCUGA